AUGGACGGAUGCUUUGACAUGAUGCAUUACGGCCACGCCAACGCGCUUCGACAAGCGAAGGCGCUAGGCGACGAGCUCGUGGUCGGAGUCGUUUCAGACGAGGAGAUCCUCUUGAAUAAGGGCCCUCCUGUCGUGUCGCUUGAAGACAGAGUGCGCAUGGUGCGCGAGGUGAAGUGGGUGGACGAGGUAGUACUGCAUAACACCCGCCUUCAUGCACCGCCUCUUCACGCACCAUCGCGUCGACUUCAUCAUUCCUCUCUCUGCCUUUCCCCCCUCUUCCCCAUUCCCCGUUGUAGAGUGCGCAUGGUGCGGGAGGUGAAGUGGGUGGACGAGGUAGUAGUAGGCACGCCGUACUGCAUCACCCCCGCCUUCAUGCACCGCCUCUUCACGCACCACCGCGUCGACUUCAUCAUUCACGGCGACGACCCCUGCCUUCUGCCCGACGGCUCCGACGCCUACGCGGAAGCCAAGCAGGCGGGCCGGUACCUCGAGGUGCGGCGCACGGAGGGGAUCUCCAGUACGGAUAUUGUCGGCCGCAUGCUGCUCUGCGUGGGCAGUCGAACGGCCGCCACGGAGGCUCAGCAGCAGCAGCAGUCGCUGGAGCGGGAGUUUGCCCACACGGGGUCGCCCUCGCGCUCGCCCUCGGAGCACUGUAACCGCUCUGGAUCGCCUCACGCAGGGUCGCCGUCGCUUCCGCCUCGACCUUCCUCUCCGCUCCCACCCCCCGCGAUGCUCUCCGCCUCCGCUGUUCCAUGCUCGCCCCUGCGACCCUCUCUCCCUCCACCCUCCUCCUCUGCCCUUGCCUCCUCCGCUCCGCACGCAUCCUCCCCUUCCCAUGCGCCAUCUACUGAAGCCGCCUCGUCACCUGCGCAUGCCUCUGCCGCUCCCCCCCUCCACCGCGGCUCUCCCCCAUCCUCCCCAGCCCACCUGUCCAGCUCCCCCGCGCCCCUCCCCGCGCACUCCCCACUUUCACUAGCGCCCGCGCUACCCUCCUCCCCUUCCUGCGCAUCCCUCCCCUCCUCCGCCUCCUCCGGCUCACUCUGGGGGCUCUCCGCCUCCCCCUCCUCCUCCGCCGCCUCCUCCCCCCUGUUCCCCCCGUCGCUCGCGCCCCUUGCCUCCGCGCGCGUGUCGCGCUUUCUCCCCGCCACCUCCACCGUGCUCGAGCUCAGCAGCCACCAGCCGCGCAGCAUAGACCCAUCGGCGCGCGUGGUGUACAUCGAUGGGGCGUUCGACGUCUUCCACAGCGGCCACGUGCAGACGCUACGAGCAGCCAAGGAGCUGGGCACGUUCCUGCUGGUGGGCGUGCACAGCGACGCCACGGUGCGGGCGAACCGAGGGCAGCACCACCCCAUCAUGGGCAUGCACGAGCGCUGCCUCUCGCUGCUCGCCUGCCGCAGCGUCGAUGAGGUCGUGCUGGACGCCCCCUGGGUCGUCUCCGACCAACUGGUAUGCCCGCCUGUGCUGUGCUUCUGA